AUGGGAGGUGGCCAAGGCGGCAGGCGGCGGGCGGGCGCUGCGAUGGGCGAACGCGCAGGGACGGGCGGCGGCGCCUGAACCCGGGGGGGGGGGGCGCCGCUGACAGACGCCACUUGGAAACUGGAGGGGGGGAUUCUGUUUUCCCGCUCCCCCAUCUUUGAAGUCCUGGAGUGAAGAAGGAAGAGGAGGAGGGUGGGGGAAAGGAGUUACUGCUGCUACAGCUGGCUCUCCGAGCCUCUCGUACGCCUCCUUCUCCUUCGUUCUCCCCCUUCAUUCGACCUCCCUUCUGGAGCCCGACUCCUGCAACAGUCGCCUUCAGAAAACUCCAAAGAAGAGACCUCCUGCUCCUUCCAGUCCUUCCUUGUAAUCUCAGAAAACAGAAAUUUCCAGGAGACCAUAGGAUCCUUGGACAAAGGUUUCCCUGUCCUUUUCCUGAAGAGGAGUUUGUGUUAUUCCUUGAGGCUCACAUCUCAGUCUCCCAAGGAAUAGCUGUGUGGGGGACCGUAUAAAAGUUAAUGUUUUCACCCACCCGGACGAAGGAGAAUGGGGACCCUACAUCCAAAAGAAUGAAGACUCGACAGAAUAAAGACUCCAUGUCAAUGCGGAGUGGUCGGAAGAAGGAGACACCAGGGCCCCGAGAGGAGCUCAGGACGCGGGGUCGAGCCUCUCCAGGUGGUGUCAGCACUUCAAGCAGUGAUGGCAAAGCUGAGAAAUCUCGACAAACUACCAAGAAGGGUCGGGUGGAGGAAUCAAUGGCCCCCAAAGGAAGCAAGCAAAGCCGACCAGAGGAGAUUUCGGAGAGUGAAGGAGAGGACACCAAUGCCCCAAAGAAAACUAAAACAGAGGAUCUGCCAAGGCCUCAGUCUCCUUCAGAUGUCGACAGCCUUGACGGCCACAGCUUCAACGACGAGACAAGCAGUGACCCACGCGACAUCGACCAGGAUAACCGGAGCACCUCCCCCAGUGUCUACAGCCCCGGCAGUGUGGAAAAUGAUUCUGAUUCUUCUUCUGUGCUGUCACAGGGACUGGCCCGCUCCUACCAUCAUCCCCCGCUCUUUCCCCAGAGUCCCUCCCCUGCUCCCCUGGCGGAGGGCUUAGCCCGUCCACCAGAGCCAAACUUCAGCUUAACAGGGAAGGUUCAUCCUCAGGGCCCUGCAAGCGGCUACCAAUCUCAGCUUGAGGCGCAGGCCUCAAGGAUUUUCCAGGCCCAAGCCCCACCACCCUCUACUCCAUCCACCAAUUCCUCUUCCUCGUCCCCCUCCUCCUCCUCCUCUUCCUGUACUACCCAUGUUCCCCUCUACUCCAGUGCUAAUGUGGUCCAGAUGGGACCCAAAGCAGUGAGUGUAGGAGCAGGCCUCCCUGCGCCAAGCGGGCGUGAGCAGUCCCUCAGUGCAAAGCACAACCCACCCCCUACCACCCCUAUUUCCUUAGCCCCUGUGGCAGGAGGUAUGCCCCCUCAGAAGGCCCCUCCAAACAAUCCCCCAUCAGUGCUUCCUCCUCCAGCAGCCACGUUCCCCCACGUCUUGUCCAAUCUGCCUCCCCCGCCAGCUCUGCGCCCUCUGAACAACAUGGCGGCCAGCUGCAGCUCCCCAGGGAUGGUGGGGCAGGCCCUGAGUGGGCACCUUCCAUCAUCCCAUGGGAUGGGGCAAGAUAAGUCACCUGUCCCUUCGCGUUACCCCUAUGCGCCCCCUCCCCCGCCCAGCUCCUCUGCCCAAUACCCCCUCCCUCCCCCUUCCCAGGCCCUGCCCAUCUACAGCUCCUCUUACGGCCACUCCUUCCCCCCGCCCAGCAGCCUAUCCGUCUCCAGCCAGCCACCCAAGUACACCCAGCCCUCCAUGCCCUCCCAGCCUGUGUGGAGCCAAGGCCCGCCACCUUAUAGUCGCCCUUUAGGGAACACUGGCUCUCACCCUCCUGCCUCAUUUCCUGGCCAGGCCGCUCAUCACCAGCAGCAGCAGCAGCAGCAGCAACAGCAGCAGCACCAUCACAGCCAUGGCGGCGGCACAGGGCUCCCUCCGGCAGCGGCUACUGCUGCCGCCACUCCCCAAACAUCUGGAGGUUAUUCCCAUCCACUGGAGCCAGGCCCACAUCAUCCCUCCCAUGCUGCCUAUGCCCUGCGCCUCUACCCACCCCAAGGACAUGCCACAUACAGCCAGGCCCCCUCUGCGUCUUCCUCCUCCUCUUCCUCCUCUUCCUCCUCCUCAUCCCAGGGAACGUAUCCAGGAGUCUGCAGCCACCCACAAGGGCAGAGUACUGCCACCUAUGCAUUUCCUCCCCCACCUCCCCCGUCUCCUGCACACGGGGCUGGACCCCCCGUCACCUCUGCCUCAGUUACCCUCUCUACUGUCAUAACCACCAUGGCCUCCUCCUCUACAGCCCCCUACAAGACAGCGUCACCUCCAUUGGGGCCCUCUGUAGCAGCCCCCUAUGGAAAGCGAACAGCUUCACCAUCUCCCACCUUCCAGUCCCCUGCCCCCUACAAGCCAGGCUCCCCUCCUUCAUCCUCCCCAGCAUCCUCGUUCCGGGCAGCCACCCCACCAGGAUACAGGCUGACCUCUUCCCCUGCAGCUGGUGGCUACAAGGCCCCCUCACCGGCCCCCAUUGCCCCCCCAGCCUCGGGGAGUAUGGCUGCCCCUCCCCCACCUUUGCCCCCACUGCCCCUCAGUGCUGCGCAGAUCAAACAAGAGCCUUCCGAGGAAUAUGAGCCCCCAGAGAGCCCAAUGCCCCCGGUCCGGAGUCCCUCGCCAGCCCCCAAAGUGGUGGAUGUACCAAGUCAUGCCAGCCAGUCAGCCAGGUUCAAUAAACACCUGGACCGCGGCUUCAAUUCCUGCUCACGCACAGAUCUCUACUUUGUGCCCCUGGAUGGCUCCAAGCUGGCCAAGAAACGGGCAGAUCUGGUUGAGAAGGUGCGCAGAGAGGCUGAACAGAAGGCCCGGGAAGAGAAGGAACGUGAAAGGGAGCGAGAGCGAGAGAAGGAACGAGAGAGGGAGAAGGAGAGGGAGCUGGAAAGAAGCGUGAAGGUGGCCCAAGAAGGCCGACCAGUGGAGUGUCCAUCUCUUGGCCCUGUCUCUCACCGCCCAUCUUUUGAACAAGGCAGUGCUGUGGCUACUGUCCCACCCUACCUGGGCCCUGACACACCAGCUCUCCGCACCCUCAGCGAGUACGCCCGGCCCCACGUCAUGUCUCCGAGUAACCGCAACCACCCCUUCUAUGUCCCACUGGGUGCCGUUGACCCAGGACUGCUGGGUUACAACGUGCCAGCUAUCUACAGCAGCGACCCAGCCACACGGGAGAGGGAGCUGAGAGAACGGGAGGCCCGUGAGCGAGAGCUCAGGGACCGCGACCUGCGUGAGCGCCUUAAGCCUGGCUUUGAAGUGAAGCCUGCCGAGUUGGAGCAGCUCCAUGCUGUGCCCAGCGCCACCAUGGAUCCUUUCCCACGCCACGGCGGUCUAGCUCUGCAGGCAGGCCCAGGCCUGCACCCUGCUUUCCCUUUCCACCCAGGGCUGGGCCACUUGGAGCGGGAGAGGCUAGCACUGGCGGCCGGCCCAGCCUUGCGCCCCGACAUGUCUUAUGCGGAGCGAUUAGCAGCCGAGCGGCAGCAUGCAGAGAGAGUGGCCGCUCUGAGCAACGACCCCUUGGCCCGGCUGCAGAUGCUCAACGUGACUCCCCACCACCACCAGCAUUCCCACAUCCACUCCCACCUCCACCUCCACCAGCAGGAUGCCAUCCACGCAGCUUCUGCCUCUGUUCACCCUCUUAUUGAUCCACUGGCUUCUGGGUCACAUCUCACCCGGAUACCAUACCCAGCUGGUACCAUCCCUAAUCCACUCCUUCCUCAUCCACUCCAUGAAAAUGAGGUGCUGCGCCACCAGCUGUUUGCUGCCCCCUACCGAGACCUGCCUGGUUCUCUCUCUGCGCCGAUGUCUGCAGCACAUCAGCUCCAAGCCAUGCACGCACAGUCGGCAGAACUGCAGCGCCUGGCUCUAGAACAGCAACAGUGGCUGCAUGCCCACCACCCUCUGCAUGGAGUGCCACUCCCCACACAGGAGGAUUACUACAGUCACCUGAAAAAAGAAAGUGACAAGCCCCUCUAAAUGGAUCCCAUUCCCCAUGAUGACGUCAUUGCCCCUCUUGCUGGUGCUGCUGCUUCUGCAAGAGAGAGAGAGAGAGAGAGAGAGAGAGAGAGGAAGAUUGACCAACUAAACCCUGGGCGAAGGGGAGCUGCACAGUGACACAACUUCUAAUGUUGUUUAAUGGAAGAGUAAAGAAACCAGAAUAGCCGUGGU